AUGUCUUAAGGGACUAAUAAACAAAUUGAUUUCUUGAAGUAAGAGAUAGACAAAACCAAUGUCAAAAUCAAGAAACUACAACUUAAGUUAUAAAAUGAAAAAAAAGAAUUAAAAGAGAAAAGAAUCCUAUUCAAUGGAGUUAAAAGCCAAUAUGAAAAAUACUCAAAUUUGGAGGAAAAAUAAACAAAUAAUUUUUAUAAAAUCCAGGAGAAACUGAGCAAAUGCUAGGAAGAGGAAUAUUAAAAAUGCGUUGAACUAUAAAAGGAUAAAUAUUAGAUAUCCCUAAUCGAUUACGAAGUCGACUCAAAGGCAUUCUAGAAGGCCCCCUUUACUUAGAAACAACAAUUCAUUGAGUUCAGAGAGCAGGAUGAGAUUGCUUUAAAUGAAUUGGAUGAAAUAGAAAGGGAGAAGAGGAAAAUGAAGAGUAAGUAAAAGGAGAGAGCUCAAUUAAUUAAGAAAAUAGAGGUAACAGCACCCAAGUUGUAAUAAACGGGGAGGCAAUUAAAACACAAUUAAUAUUAGAAAAUUUAUUAUGAAUAGAUGUUGGAUGAUGUGAAGUAUUAUAUUGCGUAGAAAUAAACUUAUAUUUCUGAUUUGGAAUAGUCGAUCAGUCAAUAUUAACAAAUUUUAGAUGAGUUGAAUUCGGACUUAUAGAUUGGGAUGAUGAACAAUCUGAAUUUUCAUAAUUGUUCUCAAAAACAUUGA